CCAGGUGUGUCAGGGCACUUGCUGCUUGAAAGAGGGAGUUUUCUUUCGUCACACAUCUUUUCUCACCUCCUCCCCCCCACCCCCAAGCAAAGUGUGAUGGCAUUAGUAGGUGCUCACAAGUUGUCCAUAUAGCUUUGAAUUCGGGUAAAGUGUAUGCUUUUAGAAGCUAACCAUUUAGGAGAGGAUUUGUUCUUCCUUCUAUGAGUCGGAAUCGACAACUGCAACGGCCUUGGUUUGGGUUAGCCCUUGCCCUCCCCCCUUGUUAUUUUAGAAAGUCGGGGGGAGGGCGGGGAGCACACAUUCGGGAAAAGUUGACCAAAUUUAUAAUCUAGUUCUCUAAAUUUGUUAUAAAUAUUGCGGUAUUUCCUUUGAAUACUUUUAAGAUUGAAAAGUAUUAUGCUAACCAUGAAUUGAUUUCAUUAUGAAUUAGUUACAAAGUCAGAACUUUAAUGCAUUAGAGGAGAUAAUUAGGCCAGUGUGUAAGAGACAGAACUAUGUUCACUUACUAAAAAUUGGGCAUAGAACAUAGAGAGAUCUGUCUGGUGCUAAGAAAAAGUGUUGUGCAUAAUUUCAUGUUGUUUGGUUCUGGUGUAAGCUCAGACAGUUGGAAUAUCAGUUUUUAGAAAUUAGAUGACAGCUUUCCACUUCUUUAUCAGAUAGAUGUUAAAGUAAGCCUUAUACACCUGAUACUGUGAGUACUAAGUAUUGUACAUAGUAAACUAUUCUUGUUUUAUUCCUACCAGCUUUAGUAUCUUGAUGUACAGUGUAAGUGAAUAUAAAGUUCCAAGUUACCAAACGGUUAACUAUUUUCACCGUAUGUUAAGUAAAACAGUGAUUUAGUAAAGAAAGUAUGAGUCAUUUAAAAUUCUUCACAGGAAAAUAGUAUGAUUUUAUAGCACCAGUAGCAAGCUAUUAAAUGUCUGUCUUAAAUUUGCCUGAAAUUUGUGUUUUUCUGUAUCUUUUUACUUAAGACUCAGCAUUUUAAAAUAUUCUGUGGUUACUACCCAUUUAGAGAUGGUUGUGCUCUUUUUUUUUUCUCCCAGACUACCAGUCUAUAUUUUUUAGUAAAUUUAAUAUCCAGAAAUUCUUAGAAUUUUAUCACAGACUUACUCAGGAGUACAUGUGUGGUGUAAUGGUUAAGCGCUAGGGCUGCUAACCAAAUGGUUGGCAGUUCGAAUCUGCCAGGCCCUCCUUGGAACCUCUAUGGGGCAGUUCUACCCUGUCCUAUAGGGUCACUAUGAGUCGGAAAAAUUCGACGGCACUGGGUGUUCGGGUUAUAACUAAUUUAUGUUUACUUAGUCAUAGAAAUAGAAAUACAAAAGUGUGUCACUGAGUAUAUCUUAUCUCCUAUUUGUGUAUUUGUUUGUGCUCACUAAGGUAAAGAUUGCAUUUUACAGUUUAUAAACUUUAUAAAUCACAGUAAUUUAAAGUAGAGUUUGUGUGGUGAAAUCACUGAUUGAAUUCCUUGUGACAGACCAGCUAUAAAUAAAUAGAAAAUGGGCAACUCACUACUGAAAUACACUUCUGAUGCCCUUAAAAUUUGAAACUUUCGAAUACAGCCGUCUUACUUUUAAAAGAUUUGUUGAGAUUUGAGUAAAGAGGCUGAUAUAUAACUAUAGCAAGGAUGAAAGAAAGGUAUAGCAAGAUUCUUUUUACCCAAAGUUCAGUAGUAUCAAGGUCAUUCUUUUAAAAGAAGGGGAAAACAGAAGAGUUGUUCCAUAAAAAGGGAAGUUAGCAUUUUACCUUAAAAUCUGGUUUGAGAAGAACCUAAUGUGUAUUUAAAAUACUAAUUUUUUACUUUGGAACUAAUUCAAAUAACUGAGGAAAGAAUAGAUGCCAAAAUCUGUGAUGUGUGAAAAUAGGAAGUGUCUCUUUGACAAGAAAAUAUAAAGAAGCUUGUAUUUGUGAGUCAGGGAAACCCAUAAGAAGCCAAAAAGAAAAUCUGAAUAAAUAACACCUGUAGCAUGGGCUGCCUUGUACAUUGUUGGAGGAGAGGGAGAGUGAUUAGUAAAUUGCGGAGAUUCUGAAACAGGAAACUUGAUUAGUACACAAUGAAAGCUGUAUAUUAAAACACAUUUAAACUGAUGGAAGCUGAAUAAUAAACCAAACCCAACCCAGUGCCAUUGAGUCGAUUCCAACUCAUAGUGACCCUAUAGGACAGAGUAGAACUGCCUCAUAGAGUUUCCAAGGAGUGCCUGGCAGAUUUGAACUGCCUACCCUUUGGUUAGCAGCCGUAGCACUUAACCACUAUGCCACCGGGGUUACGGCUGAAUAAUAGGCAGAUUUAAAAAUUAUAUACAAUUUGGGGUGGUUAUUUGCAUACUUUGUCGUAUAAUUUAAUUUAUCCUAUAGCAAACUCAUUGCCAUCAAGUUGAUUCUGACUCAUAAUGACCCUAUAGGACAGAGUAGAACUACCCCAUAGGGUUUCCAAGGCUGUAAAUCUUUAUGGAAGCAGACUGCCACAUCUUUGUCAUACAGAGCAGCUGGUGGAUUCGAACUGCGGACCUUUCGGUUAGUAGCUGAGUGCUUAAUCAUUGUGUCACCAGGGCUCUUUUUAUCUUAUAAAAACCCGUUGCCCUCGAGUCGAUUCGGACUCAUCACUACCCUAUAGCACAGAGUAGAAUGACCCGUAGGGUUUCCAAGGAGCACUUGGUGGGUUCGAACCACCAACCUCUUGGUUAGCAGCCGUAGCUCUUAGCCACUACCUCUCAGCCUCUACGCCACCAGGGUUGGUGUUCAGUAAAUGUUUAAGCAUAGGGUAUAGUGGGAACAGAGUUGGGUAAUUCUAAAUUCAUUCGUAUAUAUGAGUGCUUAUUAUGUACCAGGCAUUAGUGACAUAGCAGUAAACAGAAGGACAGAAAUGUCUACAUGGCAUUUACAUUCUACAGCACUGGUUCCCAAAAUGUGACCUCUGGAUCCACAGUAUCACCAUCACCUGGGAACCUGUUAGAAAUGCAAAUUUUCAUGCUCUGGAAACUAUUUUAACAGGACUUCGAGGUGAUUCUGAUACAGACUCAGGCUUGAGAACCACUGAUCAAGAUGGAGAAGAGAAACAAUAAAUUAGAUGAAUGAGUAAAAUUUGUAAUAUAUUAAAUGUUGAUAAGCGCUGUAGAGUAGACCCCCAAGAAGUAGAAACUUGAAGGAGUUAGAGGGUGAGCCUUGUGAGUAUCUGGUUGAGAUGUAUUUCCAAUAGAGAACAGCAAGGACUCCAGAGCUAGAACACAGGAAGGAAAGCAGAUAGUGUUAGCUUUUAUCCUGUAAAAGUGCUGCUAUUCAUUCAUUUUUUACCUACAGAAACACCAAACACUCUACUAGGAGGAGAAAUCAGAACAAAAGGGGUGAGUGUAGGACAACAGAUUGUGUGAAAGUCAUCUCAAGGUUUUAGAUUUCUCCUUGAGUGAGAUGGGAAGGCACCAAACGGUUUUGAGCAAAUGAUCUAAGCUUUAAAAGGAAGGAUUACUUUAGUUACUUGUCAGAACAGAAGAAGGAAAGUGUUUUUUUCUUCUCACUCUAGUUACCUGAGUCACUCAGUUUCUCUCCGCAAAGGCAACAGGUGUUAAAAUUAGUCUUUAUGGAUUCUUCUAUAAAUUAAUUUCAACAGGUUAAGGGAGUGGUUCUCAACCAGGUCCAUUUAGCCCUCAGGGGACAUUUGGCCCUGUGGUGCAACAGUUUAAGUGCUUAGCUGCUAACUGAAAGGUCUAAGGUUCAAACCCACCAACUGCUCCAUGGGAGAAAGAUGAGGCAGUCUGCUUCCAUAAAAGUUAUUAUUGUUGUUGUUAGGUGCCAUUGAGUCGAUUUCAACUCAUAGCGACCAUAUGCACAACAGAACAAAACAAUGCCAGUCUUGCACCACUCUCAGAGUCGUUGCUGUGUUUGAGCCCAUUAUUGCAGCCACCGUGUCACUGAGGGUCUUCCUCUUUUUCGCUGACCUUCAACCAGGUGUGAUGCCCUUCUCCGGUGAUUGAUCCCUUUUGAUAACAUGUCCAAAGUACAUGAGAUAAAGUCUCCCCAGCCUUGCUUCUAAGAAACAUUCUGGCUGUACUUCUUCCAAGACAGAUUUGUUCCUUCUGGCAGUCCAUGGUAUAUUCAACAUUCUUCACCAACUCCAUAAUUCAAAAAUACAGUUUCGGGAAAUGGCCUCUAAAUCUUGGCUGAAUUUUUUAACAUUCCUCUGUGGAUCAGCAAUUGGAUUUUUUUUAUGUUCUCAGCUAUUUAGUAUUUUGUUGGGAGAACAGGGGGACAUCCAGCCUAAUAUUCUUCAUAAUGAUCCCCAUGCUAGACAUUCAGAUGAUAACGGACAUAAUCAUCUAGAAGGGCAGAUGAACUUCAAUGCAGAUGCCAGCCAACAUACAGAUGAGAACACAGACAUCUCUGAAAAACUCUAUCAGAAAGUUAAAAUUCUUUGCUGGGUGAUGACAGGGCCUCAAAAUCUAGAGAAAAAGGCCAAACACGUCAAAGCUACAUGGGCCCAGCGUUGUAAUAAAGUGUUGUUUAUGAGUUCAGAAGAAAAUAAAGACUUCCCUACUGUGGGAUUAAAAACUAAAGAAGGCAGAGACCAACUGUACUGGAAAACAAUUAAAGCUUUUCAGCAUGUUCAUGACCAUUAUUUAGAAGAUGCUGAUUGGUUUAUGAAAGCAGAUGAUGAUACAUAUGUUGUACUAGACAAUUUGAGAUGGCUACUCUCAAAAUAUGACCCUGAAAAACCUAUUUACUUUGGGAGAAGAUUUAAGCCCUAUGUAAAGCAGGGCUACAUGAGUGGAGGAGCAGGAUAUGUACUGAGCAAAGAAGCCUUGAAGAGAUUUGUUGAUGCAUUUAAAACGGACAAAUGUACACACAGUUCCUCCAUUGAAGACUUAGCACUGGGGAGAUGUAUGGAAAUUAUAAAUGUAGAAGCAGGAGAUUCCAGAGAUACCACUGGAAAAGAAACUUUUCAUCCCUUUGUACCAGAACACCACUUAAUCAAAGGUUAUCUACCCAAAACCUUUUGGUACUGGAAUUAUAACUAUUAUUCUCCUGUAGAGGGUCCCGGGUGCUGUUCUGAUCUUGCAGUUUCUUUUCACUAUGUUGACCCUACAACUAUGUAUGAGUUAGAAUACCUCAUUUAUCAUCUUCGUCCAUAUGGUUAUUUAUACAGAUAUCAACCUGCCUUACCUGAGGAAAUAAGUGAAGCAUACAAAAAUGAAGAUUCAAAAGUAAAAUUAGGAAAUCCUUGAAAGAAAAACACGAACGGAGAUAAAAUAGCUAACGUUGCACUGAAGAAGGACUUCCGCAUUUCUGAUAUAGAACACUGGAAUCCCAGUGAACAUUGUAUAUUAGAAAUCUUUCAUAUGAAUGACUGUAAACUGAAGCUUUAAAUGAGCUGUGAAGUCUGUUAAAAUGUGUUUUUGAUACAGUAAUAUAUAUGUAUAUGAAGAACUUGUGUUUUUUAAAUGGUGGCCAGCUUAGAGAAACUAGAAAAGAGACUUUGUUGCCUGUUUGUGACCACAUGUGUUACUGUCACUGAGAAACAAAAACGUUUACAUUUGCUAAAACUACAACAGCACCAUCUUAGUGUAACACACAUGAUGUUAAACAGAUCUGCCUUAAAAGAAAAUUUUAGAAGAAAAUAGUUUCUCAGUGUUACUUGUAAACUCAAGAUAGGAGUUUGUAUUUGCAGUAUGACAUAAAUGAACCAGGUCCCCCCUCCCUCAGCACACACUGUUUUAGUCUAAUGAAAAGUUUGUUAUGGUUAUUUAUAAUUGGCAGUAUUUUUCAAAAAAAAAAAAAGAAAGAAA